AUGCUGGUGCGCAAAAAGUUGGCUCGCUUGGUGCUGACAGAACAAGAACCAGUGGAAAACGCAAAGCUCAACAACAAUAUCAGGAGGAAUAUCAAGAAGCAGAACAGUAAUAAAAACAACAUCGUUUGCGCCAGUGGACAUAUCGAAAUGGCUAAUACAAAUAUGAUUACUGGCAAUCAUAACAGUAACAGCAAUAGCACCGCCUACACUUACAACAAUUACAACAGUGUUAGUGCUGACAGCGGCAACAGCAGUGGCAGCAACGGCGGCGGUGGCAGCGAGGUGCAAACGCUUCGCGAAGUUUGUAACAUGCUCAAUACGGGCGCUCCGUCUAGCUAUAUGAUACCAACAGGUGGUUGUAUGUACGAUCACAUUAUAACAAUGAUGCGUGGCCUUAACCUGCAGGACGACGGCAUUGUCCUCAAUAACAAAAUUAAAGCCAUCGAAGCUGAUUUCUGCAACAUUGUACGAGACGAGUCGAUGCUAUGUGAAUCAAUGGACUAUAUGAACAACAAAGCCCUAACCGACGCUGAGACAGCACUGAAGUUUGCUCUAUUAUUCUCCUCGCGCAACUUCGACGCCCUGGCUAUGAAUGAGACAAAAGUUCGCAGCGCCAUGCUUAAGAUCCUGGAGACGAAUUACAUUAACGCUGAUGCAUAUCGACAGCACGAUAAGAAUAGAUUGUACAACUCGAUUACGCUGCUUGGCGAGUACUACAAUAGAGUGCGCCUUGCGAACCAUGCACCAAUCACCAUUCUGGGCGAUUCGCUGCUCACUUUGCUAACGCGGGAAAUCAACGAUGUUUCCGUAGUAAUGAGUACGCGCCUAGCGCGUUUAGUGCUUUCACAGAUUACACUAAAUGGCGAAAUAAUGCGUACGCGGCACAAGGCGGAAAUCGAUCAGUUACUCUACCAUGUCAGGCGACAUCUGAUCAUGCAGCCAGCGCUCACGGAUAAAGUAAAGGCGAUGUUGCUAAUGGUGCUUGACUUGUUUUAUAGCCAUUUUAAGAAUGUUGGUCACGAGCUGGAGGCCAUGUACACAAACUAUUUAAGCAUCGAUGAGGACGAGGAUGAUGGCUUCAAUAACAAUAAUAACAACGAUAACAAUAACAGCAGCAAUAGCAACAACAAUGGUGACGAAAUGCAGCCACAAACAACAGACUCAUACAGUGGACAAAGUGCGGCUACCUGUUACAGUGACGAGGAGACUGGCAGCAGUGCUAACACCUCGGCCCAGGAGGCGCCCAAGAAAUGGAGCGAACAGGUCUGUGAAGACUCAUUGUGCGAUAUAGUUUACGGAGAGACACCGGCUAAUUGCGAUGACCAGCAACAGUUAAACGAUAACGCUGGCAAUACCUAUCAAAGCCUCGACUCCUCCAGUUCCAGUCGCCAAACCCGACGUGGUUAUCAGCCGCGCCAUGUGCCGCGCCCGUUAAAACAGGCUCACGCGCAGGUGCCGCUCGCAGACAAUGUCAACUCCGAUCAGUAUGCAUCCAUGGCCAGCAGCGAGGAUCGCGAUGAGUCAAAGCCGCUACCAAGCUGGCGCAUGACACGUUUUAAUCGGGGCAAUGAUGGUGAACAGUCGAAUGGACGUUCCCGUCACGAUCAACAGCGUCGCUAUAGCGUCAGCUGCGAUGACGAUCAUCAAAGUGUGCGUAGCGAGGGUCGCGGUGGAAAUUUGCGCUUGUACAGCAUAGAUGACCGCAGAAAGCAUUCAGAGGAGCGCUACGAACGCAAUUUGGGCGGAGACAGCAAUUACAACAAUAUUGUGAACUCUAAUUGGGAUCAGCGCGAUGAUCGCAGCGAACGUUCCUAUAUAAGUAAUUAUGAACGUGGAAAUAGCUACAAACGUGGCGGUCGAUACAACAGUCACAAUCGCAGCACGUACGACAAGCCGCCGCGUUUCCAAAAGCAGCAGCAACAUCAACAGCAGCAACAACAUCAACAACAGCAGCAACACCAACACAAGAUACACAGUGAAACUUGGCGUCGUUCAAAUACAGCUAUUAACAAUGCAUAUCAGGAUGAAAAUUGUGCUUACAAUUCGAAUGGACCAGAGUCGCAUAGUCGCAGCUCCUCUCGUGCUCGUACGCUGCCGCGUCCGCCCAAAUCUCAAAUGGAUGAUGGUGGAAGGAAGCCCAACUCGAACUAUCGUUACAACCAGAGUCCCACUCGUGGCGCAAGCGGUGCACCACGCAACUUUCCGCGUUACAGCAGUCAGAGCAGCUUAGCCAGCGAGGCAUCCAGCACUUUUGAUCGACGCCAACAACAAACGCGCUCACAUCAGCAUCAAAAUCAGCAUCAACAUCAACCGCAGCGCCAUCGCAACUUUACACGUCGCUCACAACCCAACAUACACCAAUCGCAGGAGCCAAAUCCACAACAACAACAAAAACCACAGCAGUCUCAUUCGAAUGCCGACAACUGGCAUGGAGAUGCUAGCAAGGAUGAGAGUGAGCUGGUGCGCAAUGCACAACAGACAACACAAUAUAUGAAUUAUCUGUCCGCACAGAAAUGAGAACGACGAGCACGCUGCAAAAGAGCUCAACAGCAAAAGCAGCGUUGUCGUCGUCGCAGCACCAGGAACUACAAAUGCAUGGAGUGAUUA